GAAGUGAGUUCAUGGCUUUUAUCAGAUUCUCAAAACCACCGAAAAAUUUACAAUCUGCUACUUUAGGGCUUUGGUGAAAAGUAACCAAUUAAGAAAGCCUAAGUAUGCCCUCUGGUAACCACUGUGUUUCUCCUCUCUCAUUUGGUCCUGUCCUCAGCUGUAGGUGGCUCCCCGCCCCACAAUUACACAAAAAAACCAAUUGGGAUCUGAGACUUCAGGCCCAGACACAUUGUACACUGCUGGAAGGGGGCGAUGGCUGUGGCCCUGGGGUGUGCAAUCCAGGCCUCCUUGAAUCAAGGCUCAGUGUUUCAAGAACAUGGUACCGACUGUGAAGUCUUCCGCCAGCGCUUCAGACAGUUUCAGUACAAAGAAGCGGCCGGGCCUCAUGAAGCUUUCAACAAACUCUGGGAGCUCUGCUGUCAGUGGCUGAAGCCAAAGAUGCGUUCUAAGGAACAAAUCCUGGAGCUGCUAGUGUUGGAGCAAUUCCUAACCAUUCUGCCCACGGAGAUAGAGACCUGGGUGAGGCCAUUCGGCCUACAAAAUAGAGAAAUAAUUUUGGCACUGAUAGAAUUCUUACAGACAGAAUCUGAGAUACCAGAGCAGCAGAUCGACAGGCAGGAAAUGCUCUUGGAAGAACUGGCACCAGUGGGGACAGCACACAUGCCACCAGACAUCCACCUGGAGUCACCCCCACUCCAAGUCAUGGGACCUGCCCCCGAGGCCCCAGUGGCAGAGGCAUGGAUCCCACAGCCAGGGCCGCAGGAGCUGAGCUACGGUGCUGCUGGGGAGUGCCAGCCCUUCCUGGACCCUGGAUACCCACGACCAAAGCCUGACCAGAGGUGCCCAGUGGAGCAGAGACCAGAGCCACAGGUGAAGGAGCUGCAGGAUCCCAAGGAAGUGAAGCAACAAUUACUUGACUCCAAGAUAGGUAGUCCUUCUCUCAAGUUUGGGAUGGGGAGAGAAAAUAUGUCAAAGCAGUAACAACUGUAGAGUGUGUAUCCAUUUUCUGUUUCUUUAGAUGGAAAUGCACUUCUUGGUCCCAAUUUACCCAAAUACUCUGAACAGCUAAAACGUCACUUGGGAAACCCUGCAGAGCAUCUACCCAGAGAGGGCACAAAGCCUGUCCGUGAUCAGAACCCCGCUCUAGGAGAGACGGCUGAGAGCUCCCACCAGGACAACCCUCUCAGCCCCAGGGCCCAUGAACAAAACGGUCCUGGAGAGAAACCACACCGAUGUGUGCACUGUGGGAAAGGUUUUGCUAGCAAGAAGCUACUCAAUGGGCACCUGAAAAUUCAUUUGGGAGAGCUCCCUCACAAGUGCCUUGAAUGUGGGAAAGGGUUCCUCCGUCGAUCAGACCUCUCCAGGCAUCAGCGAAUUCACACAGGGGAGACACCCUAUGAAUGCACCGUGUGUAACAAGCGCUUCACUCAGGGAUCACACCUUAAAUUGCACCAGAAAGCCUAUUCUGAACAAGAAACAUACCGAUGCCCCGAGUGUAGGAAGAGUUUCUGUAAUAGAACAAGUUUUAUAAGACACCUGAAAACCCACACAGAUGGAAAACCCCAUAGAUGUCACAGUUGUGGGAAGAGUUUUAGUCGACAGACAGAUCUUACUUUGCACCAGAGAACACACACUGAAGAGAGACCGUUUAUAUGCGAGUAUUGUGGGAAAAGCUAUAGGCAGAGAUCAAGCCUUAUUUUUCAUUUAAGAAUCCAUGCAAAGGAGAAGCCUAGAAGUAGUCAUUGUUCUCCAAGGUUCAUAAAGAAAGCAGGCCUUCAGAUGCACCAAGCUGCUCACUUGAGAGUUCUCUGAGAAUUUGUUGAGGGAAACUGCUCCUACACACACUGACACUAAUUCCUAAAAGCCUCCACCUGCACUGGGCUGUCUGGGAAGAAGAGUUUUGUUUGAGCUCGUUCAUUAGAACAGCUUUGUGUUUUGCUGUGUUUAAAACCCAUCUUCCAAGGCAUGUAAAUUCUAGAGUGUUCACCGACUCUUGCCAUUAUCCUAGAUUUGAU